UGUGUGUAGAGGAGGCAGUUUGUAGCAGCAGUGGGGAUAAAGUCACACUCAUUGUUACACUCACACACAACUGUGUGUGUAGUCUGCAGUAAAAGUUGAGUAAAAGUCGCUCUCAGCUCUCUGGAGACAAAGUCCAGCGCCGCACUGUACGUGGCAGCAGCAGACAGACAGACAGCUGACAGACAGACAGACAGUAGGCAGACAGACAGCAGGCAGACAGACAGGCGCAGUGUCUAACAGCGGCGGUGUGUGCGGACUGUCGCUGCGGGGUGAAGAGGACCGGGGCCCGGCUGUCUGCUCUGGCCAUGCGGGGGAGAGGAUGGGGGAAGAGGCAAGAGUUUCUCCGCUCAAGAACUUCGUGGCUGGGGGGGUCGCCGGAGCCUGUCUGCUACUGGCGGGACACCCACUGGACACCAUCAAGGUGAGGCUUCAGACGCAGCCCAAAGCCUCCUGCGCUCAGUAUGUGCUCUACACAGGAACCUACGACUGCUUCCGCAAGACCAUAUCCAAAGAGGGUAUCCUCGGCCUCUAUAAGGGUAUGGGGGCUCCUCUGGCGGGCGUGGCUCCGAUGAUGGCCAUCAGUUUCUUUGGGUUCGGUCUGGGAAAACAGCUCCAGCAGACAAACCCUGACAAACCUCUAACGCACACUCAAAUAUUCCUGUCUGGCUGUCUGGCAGGGGUCUUCACUACAGUGAUCGUGGCUCCAGGAGAGAGAAUCAAAUGUUUACUGCAGGUGCAGGCUAGCAGUGGCAAGGCGAGGUACUCGGGUCCGCUUGACUGUGCAGUCAGACUCUAUAAGGAGCAGGGGAUCCGCAGUGUCUACAAAGGGACUGUACUGACUCUCAUCAGAGAUGUGCCUUCUAAUGGUCUCUACUUCCUGACAUACGAAUACCUCAAACGCUUCCUGACACCUGAGGGUCAAAGUGUUUCUCAGCUCAGCACUCCCAAAAUCAUCCUGGCUGGUGGUGUAGCAGGGAUAUUAAACUGGACGAUCGCUCUUCCUCCGGAUGUCCUCAAGUCCAACUUCCAGACAGCUGCAGAUGGGAAGUACAGAGGUCUGGUGGACGUCCUGAGAACGCUGCUGAGAGAAGAAGGACCUACAGCCCUCUAUAAGGGAUUCAAUGCCGUCUUUCUGCGAGCCUUCCCUGCCAACGCGGCCUGUUUUUUGGGGUUUGAGGUGGCUUUGAAGGGACUGAACGCGCUCGCACCCAGUUGGUGAAAUGAGCCUGUAACUGGGAACCAGUCUGAACCAGCCUCUCUCAUCUGUUCCUCUGCAACACAAAACUGUUAUUAGUGUUUUUAGUGUCUUUGGAGUCACACGUCAGGAUGUUUAAAUGUAAUGAAUUAUUGUACCCUUAAAUGUGAUUUUACAUUUAAUUUUACAAAUAAUUUGUUUUAUAUUGUCAUCCUUAAACUCACUUUUUGUGAGUAACAGCACGACAUAAAUGCACACUUAUGAAUGUAUGAUUUUAGGAUAUAAAAUAAAACAUUAUUUGUUUUUUGA